AUGGGAUUUUCAAACGAGGAAUCUUUUUCUGGAGGCAGGUGUUCAAAUAAGGAUGACAUUGUUGUGAGCAAAGAUGACAGAGUUUCAGAUGCGCAAAACACUGAUGGAAGUAACAAAAUGGAAUUGUCACCUGUAAAUGAAGAUUUAAAAAAUAAGUACAGUCAAUCCCCAAAAACUGGUUACAGUAGGUCAGACAGAAGUAGUAGCCCAAGCCGGAGCAGGAGCAGGAGCCCUCGUAAUUUUAGGUGGGAUUCAAGAACCAGUGAUAGAUGUGGAAUGAGGGCAGCAUGUAGAUAUUUUCCUUAUGGGAAAUGCAGAAGAGGAAGUAAAUGUCUCUUCCUUCACGGUGACAAUCAAAAAAUUGAUGACAGCAGGGUAAGUUCACGCAGGCAAGAUGGAUCUCUCUUAUAUUCUAGUCCAAGUGGAAGAUCUAAAGGAACUUGUAUAAACUAUGCAAAUCGAAGGUGUAGAAUGGGAGAAUCAUGCAAGUAUAUGCAUCAUGAAAAUUCUAGCAAGUUCAAUAAAACUUCUAUGGAUGAAUCGACUGGGGAAAUGGAAAUUGAUAGAAGGUGCAGAGGGAGUUCUUUCGAAGAAGGUGGUAGAAACCAGAGAAGUGACAUUCCUUGCAAAUUAUAUCCAUUUGGGAAUUGUCGAUAUGGUAAAGAUUGUAGAUUUUCUCAUGAUAGGCAAGCAAGUGGGAGCCCAAGUAGAGGCUUCAAGGAUGACUUGUUAAGGAGCAGCGAUGGAGAUCAGGCUUUGGAUAGGCCAGAAUCAAGUGAAGUCAGUCUCCAUGGCAAGCUAAUGGAUGAUGGAGAGGAUUUAGAUGGUAGUGUGGCUGGUGCAGAUAACAAACAAGGAAUUAUGGUUGACCCAGAACCUGGAUUUAAUACUUUGCCCGUUGGUGAUGAACGGGGCCAUAGCUUAGACAAGAACACAGUGCAUGGUGAAUCAACAUUUUCAAGUGAAGUGAAGGAGGCCAAAAGUGAUAGUUCCAACGUUCACACUUGUCAGUCAGUAGGAAAUGAAAAAAUGUCUCAUAAUUGGAAUUAUGGUGUGACAUCUCCCAUCCCUAUUAAAGAAGAGCAUGAGCAGAGUAAGCAACAAGUUACUCCAGAACAAGUAAUUCAUCAAAAUGUAAAUGUUUCGCAUUCUUCAAGCUGUGAGGAAGUUGGACAAAGUCAAUUAGCACCUUCCACUGUUCCUCCAAGUGUGAGAACUAUUGAAAGUGUGCAGAACCAGGAAGUGUUUGCUGAGAAAAAACAGACAAGUGGGGCAAAUGUCAUGGAUGCAAAUAUACCACAAGUUGGUUCAGGUGAUGCUCCAAUUGAAAACGUGACAAGGGAAGAGCAACUAGCUCAACUUACUAAUCUUUCAGUCUAUCUGUUACAAAUCCUGGGAGCCAUUCUGCAUCUCCCACAAAUUUUUGCUCCUUCUGUUUCUUUAGAUGCAAAGAGCACUCCCUUCCAAAGCAAAACUGAAGAGUCAGGUAACCCUGUUUCCAUAACAUCCACCAAACCAGGUCCUUCUGUUGGACUCCUAAAGCCGCGAGAUCCAAGACGUAAGUUUAGAGAGUCGAUGAUUGUUAAUGAAAAAAAGGUGGUCCCCGCCAUUUCUCCAAGUCAAAAUAUCACAGAAGAUACAGCAGAAAUUCCAUCAUUGUUAUCUGAUUCACAACAACACUUUGAUGAGUCUAAAAAGUCUGCCUUUUCAGAAGAACAGCUUGUCAAGAGUGAACAUUCAAUUGAGUUGCAGAAAGGUGAAAAUGUUGAGGAUAGUAACGAGAAAAACAAAAUGGUAGCUGAAGGAAAGCCAAAUUCUUCUACAUGUGAACCUGAGGACGCCAAGACAGUGAAGGAUGUGAAAGGAAUUGAUGCAUUUAAAUUUGAAUUGGUUGAGUUCGUUAAGGAGCUUUUAGAUCCAACAUGGAAAUGUGGAAAAAUAAAAAAAGAAGAUUAUAAAGCAAUUGUGAAGAAAGUUGCUGACAAAGUUACUGAUACAGUGCAGCCGCCAUAUAUUCCUCAGACAAAAGAGCAAAUUGACCGUUAUUUAUCAAUAUCAAAAACAAAGAUUGACAAACUUGUACAGGCAUAUGUGGAAAAGUUUCAGAAGGCUUAGUGCAAGUACAUUAUUUGUUCCUUGCAUAUUAUGUUUCCAUUCAGAUCAGAUGAUAGUAUAAUGGAGAAACUUGGCAACUCAUGUAUGUACAUUUAAACAAAGUGGUUUCUUGUUUUGUUGUAUUUCUCAGGGUAAAGCUUUGGGUGGCCAGUGUUAUUAGAUAUUAGUUAUAACCCAUAGCUGUAACUGUAACGUGUGAUCUAUCUUUACAAGUAUUAUUUUCAUUUACCU